GGUCGUCGGUCUUCGCCGCAACCCGUAUCUCUCCGACCAACGCAGGCCGUGUCUUCUCUUCGCUCCUUGCUCUUCAAACAGCGCAGCCAUCCUGUGACAGUCACCGGUGGAAGCAGCACACCACGGCCGACCAAUGGAGGAAGAUGUCCCUGGGAAGACUGAGGAGGAAGAGUUCAGCACUGGACCACUCUCUGUUCUCUCGAUGAGUGUCAGGAACAAUACACAGGUCCUCAUCAACUGUCGUAACAACAGGAAGCUGCUAGGCCGCGUGAGGGCCUUUGACCGUCACUGCAACAUGGUGAUGGAAAAUGUUAGAGAAAUGUGGACUGAGGUUCCCAAGACUGGCAAAGGGAAAAAGAAAGCCCUACCUGUUAAUAAGGAUAGGUUCAUCAGCAAGAUGUUCCUUCGUGGAGAUUCGGUGAUCAUUGUCCUCCGAAACCCCAAAUAGAUGGUACCUCCUUUGCUUGAGUCUGUUUUCUACAAUCAAAUUAAAGUGUUAUGCGUGAGUCUAACUGUUCCAAUUGCCUAUCUCCUAUUACACUCGCGAGGCUACUCUUAUGAUCUAAUGUUCUGGGCCUUAUACCAAUGGUAGUAUGUAACUGCUUAUUACAUGCAACGUAAUAGACGGAGCUAACAACAGUUUUUUCUGCUGCUACUAUUCGGUUUUGUGUUCCUCAUCUCGAUUCUAAGAUCAUACCAACUUUUUGCACUUGUAUCUUACUAGACGUUUUCAGUUUAGUCUCCGUUUGGUAGAAUUAGUUGAUUUUUCUUUUACGGUGGGGUAGAUACAAUGCCUUCUUCUUUUGUCUCCAGAGAUGGCAUUCACAUUGCCUGAAAUCUUGAUCCAAU